CCUGAUAUUCCUACGUUGGUUCCCUGACCACGUCGGUUGACGUGGUUAAUUUACUGCUUUGUUUUUUUUUUAAAAUAGUAUUUCACUUUUUUUCUACUCCUUUUCUUCCCCAAUCGACCGCACUCUUGCUUCAUUUCUCUUGUUUCAUUACUUCGUAGUAGUGUUAAUUUCUUUUAGUCAAUAUGGCCCUCUCUGCAAUAGGAUUUGAGGGUUAUGAAAAGAGGCUUGAAAUUUCGUUUUUUGAGCCAAGCAUCUUUGUUGAUCCUGAGGGAAAGGGUCUACGUUCUCUUGCCAAAGCUCAGUUGGAUGAGUUUCUUGGACCAGCUGAGUGCACUAUAGUUUCUUCACUGUCAAAUGAGCAUCUUGAUUCUUAUGUCCUCUCUGAGUCUAGCCUUUUUGUUUUCCCUUACAAGAUCAUCAUCAAAACUUGUGGGACAACAAAGUUGCUCUUAUCCAUUCCAGCCAUUCUGAAUCUGGCUGACGGCCUUUCCCUCACAGUACGAUGUGUGAGGUACACUCGUGGGAGCUUCAUUUUUCCUGGUGCUCAGUCCUAUCCUCAUCGCAACUUCUCCGAAGAAGUUGCUGUCCUUGAUGGUUAUUUUGGGAAGCUUGGGUCAAGCAGCAAAGCUUAUGUAAUGGGGAGCUCUGACAAAACGCAAAAAUGGCAUGUAUACUCUGCUUCAGCUGGAUCUCCUUGCUCUCUUGAUGAUCCCAUUUACACAAUGGAGAUGUGUAUGACUGGUUUGGACAGGCAGAAGGCUUCUGUUUUCUACAAAAGCCAAUCAGGGUCAGCAGCUGUCAUGACCGUCAAUUCUGGUAUAAGAAAGAUUCUGCCAGAUUCUGAGAUAUGUGAUUUUGAGUUUGAUCCUUGCGGUUAUUCCAUGAACUCUGUCGAAGGAUCCGCCAUUUCUACCAUUCACGUUACACCGGAGGAUGGUUUCAGCUAUGCAAGCUUUGAAUCGGUUGGAUAUGAUCCGAAAGUCGUUAACCUAGAUUAUCUGGUUGGGAGGGUGUUGGCAUGUUUUCAGCCAAGUGAGUUUUCCCUGUCCUUGCACGCUGAUGUUGCUGGUAAGGUGCUUGAACAGAUUUGCUACCUGGGUUUAAAGGGUUAUUCCCUUGGUGGGAGGAGCAGUGAAGAGCUCGGAAUUGGUGGUGCAAUUGUUUACCAGAAAUUCGUCAAGAGUUCAGAAUGUGGAUCUCCUAGAUCUAUUCUGAAAGGUUGCUGGAGAGAGGAAGAGGAGGAAGAAGAAAAGGAGUAGCGUUUAUUUUAUCUUCUCUGCAUUAUCUACAAUAUUGUCUAUCUGGUGUCGUCUAGUCUAGUGAGAUGAUUUGUCUCUUUAGCCGGUGUUGUUUAUUCUUAAUAAGCUGGGUUCAAUACCCAUAUUGUCAGCUUGGUUUUAUAUCUGAAUUUGUUGUGUCGAUUGGUGGAUUCCUUUCAGGUGUUUGGUGCAUCCGAGUCCUUAUGAUAAAAUAUAUUUAUGUUUGUGCUAAA